AGAUGAGCAGACGCAUUGUAGUCAAACUGAUACUUGAAACUUGCGCAUUGAGGCCUUUGCGUGAUAAAAAAAUCGAUGUGGAAAUUUUUCAAUCAUCCGACACGACACUCAAAAUUCAUACUCAUGUCACUACAAAUCGAAUGUGCUGCAACAAUGCUCAUGAUUUACGCCUACAUUAUGUAACGCGUAUUGUAGCAAACGUUGAGCCAAUUACAGAUCAAUUAUUUUAGUCCUGUUAGUGUUGGCACAAAAGAUUAAAGAAGCCGUUCCCAUCCUUCAUUCUUUUGUAUUUUUUCCAAUCAUCAAUAAAAAUGUCGAGUGUCUGCUCUAGUCGACUGUUCAUCAAGGACGCAUUAAUACCGAGUGGCUGGCUGACUGGCUCUAGUUUUGACCAGGUUCCGAAAAUGGCACCUUUCUUAAAGUUUAACGUUCCAUAAUACGGUCGCUGACUGAAUAUGUGCCAUAUGUGGGUUUUGACUUGGCUGAUGAUAAAAGUCGACAAGACGGCUCAUAAACUGUACUCUGUUGCGCAUUUAUAUUGCUAUGACGGUGCCUAAGAUAUAUGCAAAUUCAGAAUAUCAAGUGUUUUAAUGAGCUUAAGA